CCCGGGCGCUCCCCCCCGGCCCUUCGCGGCGCCCCCGGGAGCGCUGGGCCCGGCCCGGCCCCGGCCAUGCUCGGCCUGGAUGUGUGCGAGGCCGGCGGGCAGCUCCUGGAGCUGCUGUGGCUGGCGCUGUGCUACCGAGACAUCAUGGCUGACAAGGAGGGGGUGACGCUGUCGCUGGAGGAGGAGGAUGAUGCCGACGUGGCCCUGGCGUACAAGACGCCAGAGAAGAAGAGCCUGCAAGAAAUCCAGCAGCUGGACCCGGGGGAUGAGAGCCUGCGGAAGUACAAGCAGGCACUACUGGGCACCAUCCCUGCGGCCGUGGAUGCCAGCGUGCCCAACGUGCAGGUGACGAAGCUCACCCUGAUGUGCGAGCAGGCGCCGGGGCCCAUCACCAUGGACCUUACAGGAGACCUGGAGGUGCUGCAGAGCCGACCCUUUGUGCUGAAGGAGGGGGUGGACUACAGGGUGAAGGUGUCCUUCAAGGUGAACAGGGAGAUCGUCUGUGGGCUGAAGUGCCUGCACCUCACGUACCGCCGCGGCCGGCCGGUGGACCGCGAUGUCUUCAUGGUGGGCAGCUACGCGCCGCGGGCCGAGGAGUAUGAGGUGGUGACACCAGCUGAGGAGGUGCCCCGGGGCCGGCUGGUGCGCGGCUCCUACCGCGUCCGCUCCCUGGUCACCGACGAUGACAAGACGGAGCACCUCUCCUGGGAGUGGGGCCUGUGCAUAAAGAAGGCCUGGGAGGACUGACCCCCCCCAGCCCCGCAGCCCCGCCUUCUGCCAGCUUGGGGACGCGGUUCCCGCGGCCCCGGGGACCCCUUGCUGCCCGCCGGCACUGCCGCGCUCGCCCCAUUCAUGUUAAGGUGUGGGGGGGUCCCUUAGCAAGCGGGCACCCACGGUCGUGGUCUUCGCAACCAAAGUUAUUUUUAAUUGCUGUUUUUUUUUAAUACUGACGCCCGACUCGUCCUUGCGGCAUCUCCAUCGCUGGGUCUGUGGCUGUGAACCUGCUGUAGCGCUGAGCGGGGCCUGCCCGGCCGCGUGGGACGGGACUGCCGCGCAGUGCCGAGCUGCCGGCCCUGUCCGACUGCCCGGUGGCAGGCUGUGCUCUUCCAUCGCCAUUAAACCGUACAGACUUGUCUCUUA